AUGAAUGUGAUGAACCCUGGGAACAGACUGGGACAUACCCAGCCCAAAGCUCCACAGAGAGAGCAGUGGGCCAACAAGCUGGAGUUCAUCCUGGCAGUAGCUGGGCACAUUAUUGGGCUGGGGAAUGUCUGGAGGUUUCCAUACCUUUGCUACAAAAACGGAGGAGGGGUUUUCUUCAUUCCUUAUGUUUUGUUUUUGUUCACUUGUGGCAUCCCGCUCUUCUUCUUGGAGACAUCUUUGGGUCAGUACACCAGUCAGGGUGGAAUAACAUGUUGGAGAAAAAUCUGUCCACUGUUUGAAGGUUUAGGUUACGGAAGCCAAGUGGUUGUUUUGUACACUGGUAUGUAUUACAUCAUCAUACUGGCUUGGGCGUUUCUCUACCUGUUUUCAUCGUUCAGGGCUGAGCUUCCAUGGGCGAGCUGUCACAAUAGUUGGAACACAAAUGGCUGUUUUGAACAUAGUCACAAUCAAACAUUUCCUGUGGACCCAAAUGGAAAGAGUGUGUCUUCAGUUGUUGAAUUCUGGGAGAGGAGAAUCUUGGGCCUGUCUGAUGGAAUAGAUAACAUUGGGAAUAUCCGUUGGGACCUGGCCCUUUGUCUUCUUCUUGCCUGGGUUUUGUGCUAUUUUUGUAUCUGGAAUGGAGUGAAGACCACAGGAAAGGUGGUGUAUUUCACUGCCACAUUUCCAUUUGUGAUGCUGGUGGUGUUGCUGGUUCGUGGCCUCACAUUACCUGGAGCCAAAGAUGGAAUUAUGUUCUACCUCUACCCAGACCCAUCCCGUCUCACUGAUCCUGAGGUAUGGAUGGAUGCGGGCAGCCAAAUUUUCUACUCCUAUGGAGUUUGCACGGGGGUUCUGACAUCAUUGGGAAGCUACAACAAGUACAACAACAACUGCUACAGAGACUGUGUUUACCUGUGCCUGUUAAACAGUUUAACCAGUUUUGUAGCUGGUUUCGCCAUUUUCUCUGUGCUUGGUUUCAUGGCAAAAGAACAAGGUUUGGAUAUAUCGAUGGUAGCUGAAUCAGGACCUGGAUUGGCAUUUAUUGCUUAUCCUCGUGCUGUGGCUUUAAUGCCGCUUCCUCAGCUCUGGGCGAUUUUCUUCUUCAUCAUGGUCAUCUUUCUGGGAUUAGAUAGUGAGUUUGUAUAUCAAGAGGCACUGGUCACAACAAUCUCGGACAUGUAUCCUUCCUUUUUUCAAAACAAUUGUCACCGUAAACUCCUUCUUCUUGGAAUUAAUGUCGGAAGCUUCCUUGUAGGCCUUCUGAUGGUGACGGAGGGAGGCCUUUAUAUUUUCCAGCUGUUUGACUACUAUGCCUGCAGUGGGAUGACCCUCCUACUUUUUGCUAUUCUUCAGUCUGUCUGCAUAGGAUGGGUCUAUGGUGGAGAUCGUCAGUACGACAAUACAAAGGACAUGAUUGGAUAUCGACCAUGGCCUUUUAUGAAAUACUGUUGGCAGUACUUCACACCAGCGAUCUGUACUUGCACAUUUCUCUUCUCCCUGAUCAAAUAUACCCCACUCAAAUUCAACAACACCUAUGAAUAUCCCUGGUGGGGAUACGCUAUUGGAGGAUUGUUUACACUCUCCUCAACACUCAUGGUUCCUUUGUGGAUGUUGUAUGCUGUGUGCAUUACUCCAGGAACACUGAGACAGAGACUGAAGCUUCUGUGCACGCCAGCAAAGGACUUGCCUUCUGCAACAUCAAAGAAAGCAUCAAACUAUGAAGCAUUUCAAACUUUCACAGACUUGCACACACUGCGCAAGACAAAAAGUCCAGAUGAUAGAGAUGAACAAAUACAGGGAUCAUAUAUUUUUUAAAC